AGCACUCUAGAACAAGGCAGCCCGUGCUUUCUUGUGGAAAGCAAAAUGAUCUGGAAUUUCUUGUAGCUUUUCUUCAUAAUAACACGGCAAAGCACUCGGGUACAGAUGAUGCUUCGGUUGCGGAUUAUCCUGUGCUUCAUGGACACGCUGAUCCUCUCUCUGUACUCUGUCUCUGGGUUGCAGUAGGAAGAUGAACAAGUCUCCCAUUUUCCCCAAAGAUGAACAUGGGAACUGCGGCGAGCUUGGUUAUGAUCUCCAAUUGGACUUCUCAAAGUUCCUGGAAGAAGCAAGAAAUCAUGCUAGCAAUAUCCUCUCACUUCCACAAUCCGACUCGCUCGAGAAGGUGAGAAUGAAAGAUACAAAGAAGAAGAAGAAGACAUGGCCAAGAUCUGUAUCCUUCUGGUUUAAGUUUGGAAAAAGUGCAGGAGAAGAAGUAACAUCCAAAACCAAUAAUACGCUGAAGGACUCCUCCUCCUCCUCCUCCUCCUCCUCCAAUCCUUUGGAUGCAGAUCACAGACCAUUGUCGGGUCGGAUAUUUGGAAAUGGAAGUAAAUUUUCUCAGCUUCAUCGAAGAAUUCGACAAUCUACUUCAGGACCUCUUGCUUGUUGCUUCACUCCUACAAGAGCAGAAGAGACUGAGGUGCCUUACAGAUUCUUGGACCACCAAAACCAUCCUUUGAGAGCUCAGGCUUUUGGUCCGAUUUACCUGGUAACAUGAGCCAUGGAUCUUGAAUGGUGUUACUGAUAGAUUAAACCUUUACCACGGAGAAUUUUGCCACCA